UUCGUCGUCUGCGCUCGAGCUGCAAGCAGGUCUUCUGAUGGGGAUCCUCGCAUACCGUUAUAUUAUUCAUGUGUACGUACCGAGGUGAAUGCCACGAACCCCAUGAAGUUUGUCGGUCAACCUAGGUAACCCGACGAACUAUUCGGAAUGUCGUGUUGCGAAACUACGACCGCGAUAUCUCCGCAGGAAGAAGAUUGCCUCAAGGUUCGAAAGUGGUGGUGUUUUUUGUUGUCCAGUAUCUUCACAUUCUUAGCAGGACUGCUGGUAGUAUUGUUGUGGAGAGCCUUCGCGUUCUUGUGUUGCCGCAAAGAACCAGAAUUUUCUCCAAAUGACCCGAAACAGAAAGAACAGAAAGCCGCCCGACAGGGCAAGCAGGAGUUCGAAGGGACUUUUAUGACAGAAGCGAAAGACUGGGCUGGGGAGCUGAUUUCUGGUCAGACUACAACGGGGAGAAUUCUGGUGGUGUUGGUGUUCAUACUUAGUAUUGCGUCACUUAUCAUUUACUUCAUUGAUGCGUCCAGUGAAGUGGUGGAAAGAUGCCAAAAAUGGAGCAACAAUAUUACACAGCAAAUAGAUUUAGCGUUCAAUAUAUUUUUUAUGGUGUACUUUUUUAUACGAUUUAUAGCUGCAAGCGAUAAACUGUGGUUUAUGCUGGAAAUGUAUUCCUUUGUGGACUACUUUACAAUACCACCUUCUUUUGUCUCAAUUUACUUGGACAGAACGUGGAUAGGUUUAAGAUUCCUAAGGGCAUUGCGCCUAAUGACUGUACCAGAUAUUCUACAAUAUCUUAAUAUCCUGAAGACUUCAAGUUCCAUUCGCCUUGCACAACUUGUGUCAAUAUUCAUUUCUGUAUGGCUCACAGCUGCUGGAAUUAUUCACCUGCUGGAAAACUCUGGUGAUCCAUUGGACUUCAAAAAUCCAAAUCAUCUCUCAUAUUGGACAUGCGUUUAUUUUCUUAUUGUUACAAUGUCUACUGUUGGAUAUGGUGAUGUUUACUGUCAGACUGUUCUUGGAAGAACAUUUCUCGUAUUUUUUUUACUCGUCGGUUUGGCAAUAUUUGCCAGUAGCAUUCCAGAGAUUAUAGAGCUGGUAGGCACUAGAUCCAAGUAUGGUGGCGAGUACAAGCGGGAGCAUGGAAAGAGGCAUAUUGUAGUGUGUGGCCACAUAACAUACGAGUCGGUAUCCCACUUUCUUAAAGACUUUCUUCACGAAGACCGAGAAGAUGUGGAUGUUGAAGUAGUCUUCUUGCACAGGAAAGAGCCAGAUCUCGAGCUGGAAGGACUGCUCAAACGGCACUACACGACUGUCGAGUUUUUUCAGGGAACUAUGAUGAAUGCUGUAGAUCUAGAGAGAGUGAAGGUGCAUGAAGCUGAUGCGUGCUUGGUGCUAGCUAAUAAAUACUGCCAGGAUCCUGAUGCCGAGGAUGCUGCUAACAUCAUGCGAGUUAUCUCCAUUAAGAACUACUCGGAUGAUAUCCGUGUUAUCAUCCAGCUAAUGCAGUAUCACAACAAGGCCUAUCUCUUAAACAUUCCAUCGUGGGACUGGAAGCAGGGUGAUGAUGUGAUAUGUCUCGCAGAACUUAAAUUGGGGUUUAUUGCUCAAAGCUGUUUGGCACCUGGGUUUUCAACUAUGAUGGCCAAUCUGUUUGCCAUGCGUUCCUUUAAAACGUCCCCAGAUACUCAAGCCUGGCAGAACGAUUAUCUGCAAGGAACGGGCUGCGAGAUGUAUACAGAAACUCUGUCCCCUUCAUUCACCGGGAUGACUUUCCCACAAGCAAGCGAGCUCUGCUUCACAAAAUUAAAACUACUCCUGUUAGCAAUUGAAAUAAAAGGGGAGGAUGGUGCUGAUAGCAAGAUAUCCAUAAAUCCACGCGGGGUGAAAAUACAAGCAAACACACAAGGAUUCUUCAUUGCUCAAUCAGCUGAUGAAGUGAAACGUGCCUGGUAUUAUUGCAAAGCUUGCCAUGAGGACAUAAAGGAUGAAACGUUGAUCAAGAAGUGCAAAUGCAAGAAUUAUGUGGGGAUGAUGAUGAUGCAGUCAGGCAUGGUGAAAGGUGGCUUGAAUGCGACCUACCAGAACUAUCUGGAGGUGGCUACUUUCCGGAAGGGAGUUCGUGCCGUGCAGAUGGUAGGGAGAGCAACUGAUGAGGAUUACCUGUAUGCAAAUGAGCACCACCCUCCCCCUACGUUCACGCCACCUGAGUUGCCAAAGAAGGUGCACAUACGAGGUGAAGCAGGCAGAGAGAAAGAGGAGGCAUUGCUUAGAAACCACAGAAAUACCCCAACUGCUUUGGUGAAUUCAACAAAGCAAGUAAAUAAAGUGAAGCCCAAUGUUAAUAGGACUACACCAGAUAAUUUAACUUCUCCCAACCAAGGCUAUAACAGGCCUCAAGAGGACUCGACAUAUGCUGGCUAUCAUCUUGCCUAUGAAGUCAAAAAGCUCAUGCCAACGAGUAGAAACUCAGGGAGCAACAACAUGAACAACAAUGGUGGCCUUCAAGUAGGAAUAGCUGAUGAUCAAGCCAAAGAUUUUGAUUUUGAGAAAACUGAGAUGAAGUAUGAUUCUACAGGCAUGUUUCAUUGGGGUCCUGCCAAGAAUUUAGAGGAAUGUAUUUUGGAUCGCAACCAAGCUGCAAUGACUGUUCUCAAUGGACAUGUUGUUGUCUGCCUCUUUGCUGAUCCAGACUCACCACUUAUUGGUCUCCGAAACCUUGUGAUGCCAUUAAGAGCUUCCAAUUUUCAUUAUCAUGAGUUGAAGCAUGUGGUUAUAGUAGGAUCUGUAGAUUACAUUAGAAGGGAGUGGAAGAUGUUACAGAACCUGCCUAAGAUAUCAGUUCUGAAUGGUUCGCCACUGAGCCGUGCAGACCUGCGUGCAGUGAAUGUCAACUUAUGUGAUAUGUGCGUCAUCCUGUCAGCCAAAGUACCAAGUAAUGAUGAUCCAACAUUGGCUGAUAAAGAAGCCAUCUUAGCAUCAUUAAAUAUUAAAGCUAUGACAUUUGACGACACAAUUGGUGUCUUAAGCCAAGCCCCAUUCAUGCAAAAGAAAAUGCAGACUGCAUCACUGGUUUCAACAUUGUGUGCAGCAAGUGAGCAAGACAAUCUCACGCCUGUAGGUAGUCCUAUUGUUCUUCAAAGGAGAGGGUCGGUCUACGGAGCCAAUGUGCCUAUGAUAACAGAGCUAGUAAAUGACAGCAAUGUGCAGUUCCUGGACCAAGAUGAUGAUGACGAUCCUGACACAGAGCUUUAUCUUACACAGCCUUUUGCCUGUGGUACUGCAUUUGCUGUUAGCGUCCUUGACUCUCUUAUGUCUACUACAUAUUUCAACCAGAAUGCACUGACACUCAUCCGUUCACUAAUAACUGGUGGUGCUACUCCUGAGUUAGAGCUUAUUUUGGCAGAAGGUGCAGGCCUGAGGGGAGGUUACAGUACGGCAGACAGUUUGUCAAACAGAGAUAGGUGCAGAGUGGGUCAGAUAUCUUUGUAUGAUGGACCUCUAGCUCAGUAUGGUGAGACUGGAAAGUAUGGUGACCUGUUUGUAGCUGCACUGAAGUCUUAUGGCAUGCUUUGUAUUGGGCUGUACAGGUUUCGGGACACAAGUUCUUCUUGUGAUGCAUCAACAAAACGAUAUGUAAUUACAAACCCACCUGAUGAUUUUUCACUCCUACCUACAGAUCAGGUGUUUGUAUUGAUGCAGUUUGAUCCAGGGCUUGAGUACAAACCAAACAGAGGGGCACGUGGAAAAGAUGACAACUCCUGACUGCUGCUGUGUAGCGCCCUGACCGAUGGACCCUACUCCUAUAUCUAAAACAUCAUCCUCUUUUGUCUGCACUGGUGACAAAUAGAAUUUCCUGAAAACAGAGUGCUGUGGCAGAUUCAGGGAACACUUGUGAUGUUGAAUAAGUGGUUUAAUAUUAGGUACUUUGCUCAGCAAUUUGAAGCUAAGGUGCACAGACAUUUGUUUUCAGACUGUGCUUUCACACUUAAAUACAUAUUUUUUUAAGUCAAUAUGUGAUAUUCUGGUUUUCUUCAGCAAUUAAUUUUCAUAAAAUUUUAAAGAAGUGGUGGAGUUUCUCAAAUUCAUGUUACAUUAAAUGUAGCAUGUACCUUAUGUAUGCCUUAUAUGGUUGUGAUCUAAGUCAAUAAGUCACAGAGAAUAUAGCUGUUGGUUGAUAUGUGUGAAUACUGAAGAAAGGUCUAAGUAGCUACUGUGGAAACAGUUUAAUAUCUAUUGCAUCUUCACUAAAAGUGUGUUUCAGACAUGUACUCCCAGUUAUUUAUGAUUUAUUGGCCACCAUUUUUGUUAUAGGGAAUUGACGUGUCACAUAGGAAUGUGUUCCUUAUACGAAUGUGAUCACAUUAUUUUGUGAAAAAUUGACUUAGGCCACCAUCGAAUCUGUAUCUCAGUGCUCCAUAUGUGCAGGCAAAAUAAUAGGAAUAAAGUUGUAGGGGCCAUCAUUGCCAGGUAGUACUGAUUAUCCUGGCCUAAUUGUAAAGGGCUGCUACAUAUUGAAGCAAUAUAUACUGACAAUUUCAAGAGCCAGUUUUCAGCUCAAUAUCCGUUCAUAAUUAUAGCGCUUCUUGAAAAGUAUUGAACAAGGAAGUUUUACUAAAUGUGUUGUUAUAAUAAAAUCUCUAAAAUAAAAUAAAUAUUUUGUAGCAAGAUGGAUUAUAAACUAUUGUUAAGAAAAGGAAUUAAUGGCAAAUACUUCACUGAGAUUUUGUACUUUCAUUUUGAUAUUAAAUGUACUUGGAAUGAGAACUUCAAUGUCUUGUAUUUAUUUCAUGACUGUCAUUAGUUCAUAUUUUGCUAACAACAUUUAAUCUGAUAUUUUGUUGUUUUUCUUCUGAUACAUUACAGUAUUCAGAUUAUAGCAGUUCCAUUAAAAAUGUCAGUGUCUCCCUCAGCCUAUGAAACUAAAUUUAAAACUGACUUUACUCUACGAAGUAAAUGCUAUUCACAAUAACUUAUUUUAUAAUUAUACACCUCAUGAACUAAAGUGUACAGUAGUAGAAUUAUACAAUUAUUGUAAGUCUACUUCUUGAAAUUCAUUAUGAGAUUAAACAUAAAUACUGGUGAUCCCAGUGGAAAAAUUAAAAAUUAUUGCAUCUAAUGAAAGUGCUGCAAAAGAAUAGUUUAGUCUCAGAUAUUUUCCCCCACAUUAAUCUGUCCUUUGAUGCUCACUUCCAUAAUUAUGUUUAUGUGGUGGAAUAUUAUAUUGAAAUUAGAAAAAUUCAACACUGCUCUUGGUAUGUUUUAAAUAUAUUGAACUUAAAAAAAAAAUUCAUUUUCUUUUUCUGAAAAGUUUUUGUCGUGGAUGUAACACGAAUAAUCAGUUGAGAUCAGUCUUUCUUUUUAAGCCUUUUACCAUCCUACUUUAAUAUUUAAAAAAUGACUGACGUGGUUAAUUCUAAUUGAUCUAUAGAAACUUAUGUAGAAUCAUUUCACAUAAGUUUUAAAUGUUUAACAAUCAACAAUACAUUUAACAACAAAUCAAACAACUGCACUGGCAUUCACGCUCUUAUUCUUCGUCUAGUCUAAUUACACAUCCUCAUAAGCUCCCCCCCCCCCCUCCCCCCCCCCUCACACACACCCAGAGUGUACAUAUGCACGCACGCACGCACGCGCGCACACACACACACACACACACACACACACACACACACACACACACACACACACACACACACACACACACACACACACACUUUUGUGGCAACAAAUUUUCAUUUGCUGUUUCAAUACCCUGGAAUUUCCUUAUCAUAUUAAACAUAAUAACUAAUAACAGAAGCAGUUACACUAAUGAAAAGAAACAUUAAAAAUAUUUGUAUUUUCAUUAAAAAUAAACAAAAUCUAUUUCAAUGGUUUCUGUAAUGAAUGUAAGAAUCCCAGAGACAUUUGUCAAUAAUAGAAAAUAACAAUAAAUUGUUUUAUCCUCUGCACUUACUUGGCCUAUACAGUUGUCCAGUAAGUUAAUAAAUCUAAACAAACAUUCAUCAGGUAAUGCUAAAUAUUACUGUUCACCUUGAAUGGUGUAUGAUUUAUGGUUUAAUUUUAAAAAAUAUGAACUCAUCCAGAACUGAUUUUCUGCUAAAACUAAACAGAAUUUUUAUAUUAACUACGAAACACUGCUAAUUUAGCAUGGGAAUUGUUUGGAAUGAAAGUGAAA